GAAAUAAGUCCUCACGUGUUGCAAUGGCUCCCACACUUGCUACUGCGCAUCGGCGGCGCUGGUGGAUGGCAUGCACAGCUGUUGUAGAGAAUCUUCUCUUCUCUGCUGUUCUUCUGGGCUGGGCAUCACUGCUCAUCAUGCUGAAAUCCGAAGGAUUUUACUCCUACCUAUGUCAUGAACCAGAGAAUUUUACCACCAGCUCUGCACAUGGCAACAGGACAGAGCAGGAAGCUGUGAUUCGGAUCAAUGGGUGGCUCAUCUGCCCGGAGCAGGAUGAAAUGCUGAACCUGGCUUUUACCGUUGGAUCCUUCUUGCUGAGUGCAAUCACUCUGCCUCUUGGGAUUGUCAUGGACAAAUAUGGCCCUCGCAAACUGCGUCUGCUUGGCAGUGCCUGCUUCGCUGUGUCCUGUGUGAUGAUUGCAUAUGGAGCUAGUAACCCAAAUUCACUGUCAGUGCUGAUCUUCAUCUCACUGUCUCUGAAUGGCUUUGGUGGAAUGUGCAUGACCUUUACCUCACUUACGCUGCCCAACAUGUUUGGUGACCUUCGUUCCACGUUCAUUGCUCUGAUGAUUGGCUCCUACGCUUCCUCAGCUGUCACUUUUCCUGGAAUCAAGGUUAUAUAUGACUUUGGUGUCUCUUUCAUCCUCAUUCUGAUUGUCUGGGCAUCCUGUGCAGGACUAGUUUUCUUCAACUGUUUCUUCAACUGGCCACUGGAGCCAUUCCCAGGACCAGAAGACAUGGACUACACAGUGAAGAUCAAGUUCAGCUGGCUGGGAUUUGACCACAAAAUUACAGGGAAACAGUUUUACAAGCAGGUGACCACAGUGGGACGUCGUCUGAGUGUGGGGAGCUCCAUGAAGAACCCCAAGGAGCUGGCAGCUCAAGAGGGAAACAAACUCUGUCUGUCAACAGUGGACCUGGAAGUGAAGUGUCAAGCAGACGAUGCAGCAUCUCCGUCCUUUAUGCACAGUGUCUUCAGCCCAAUUUUGCUACUCAGCCUCAUCACCAUGUGCGUCACUCAGCUGCGGCUCAUUUUCUACAUGGGGGCCAUGAACAACAUCCUGGGAUUCCUUGUGGAGGGAGACCUGGAGACAGUGAGUCUCUACACCUCCGUUUUUGGGGUGUUGCAGCUGCUCUGCCUGAUGACUGCCCCCAUGAUUGGCUACAUCAUGGACUGGAAGCUGAAGGAAUGUGAUGAUGGUUCAGAAGAGGCUGAUGAGAGUGAUGCUAAUCAAGAUGGUAAAAAAAAGAAAAAACGUGAUCGCCAGAUUCAGAAGAUUUCGAAUGCCACAAGAGCUUUUGUGUUCACCAACAUACUACUAGUUGGAUUUGGAAUUACCUGUCUCAUUCCUAACCUGCCUUUGCAGAUCCUUUCCUUCAUUUUGCACACAAUAGUGAGAGGAUUCAUCCACUCAGCGGUGGGAGGCCUCUAUGCAGCUGUAUACCCCUCAACGCAGUUUGGCAGCUUGACGGGACUGCAGUCCUUGGUCAGUGCCCUUUUUGCUCUUCUGCAGCAGCCCUUGUUCCUGGCAAUGAUGGGACCAUUGAAAGGAGACCCUCUUUGGGUGAACGUGGGGCUUCUUGGAGUGAGUAUGCUGGGCUUCUGCCUGCCGGUCUAUCUGAUCUGCUAUAAACGCAGGCUAGAAAGAGAGAAACAGCAGAGAAGUGAUGAUGCCAAACUCUUCCUCAAAAUCAAUGGCACUCCCAAUGAGGAAGCCUUUGUUUAAGUCAGUGCUUCAAACAGAGCCUCCUCUUCACGAGUUCCCCUGCCACUUCAAUGGGUCUACCUCUGGCCCAAGUCAUGAUCCUUCUCUCCAUGCUCUGCCAGCUUCACACAGCAUGGUCUGCUGGCUUACAGUGAAGACUGAGUAUGUUUCUGAGACACAUGCCAGGAGGAGACCUCCCUCUUCUUCUUUCCUUUUCUAAAAGCUACACAGAUCACAAAUUGAAUGAGCUGAAGCCUGCCCUAACUGGCACUGUCUUGGCUGCAGGAGAAUGACAUUUUACUCACCAUUACCAAGCUUGGCUACGGGACUGUAAUCCCUUGCUUGAAAUCCCUGUGCUGUGCACAUUGGAAAGGGGUCUUCCUGUUGUGUCUUGCAGAAGUAGAUUUUCAGUUCAUUGCUAAACACUAAUCUCUGAGGCUGAACUCAAACUUUUUCUCCAUAUAAUGUAAAGAGAUGGUUAGUGAGCAAUGGAUUCUGCCACAUGUGCCAAAACGAAGGGUCCAGCUGACUGCUCUUCCCCCUCACCACCCUCCAGCAGCCUGGAAGUCCUCUACCCCAGCCUGUAAGCUUUCUCUACGUGGUAAGAUGCCUGCUGUCUUGAACCAUUCAGUUGGAAAUUGGACCUUGUCUGAAGUGCUUUAAGAAGUGUUGCCUUUCUUCUUCUCCUCUCCCUGCAGUGACCCUGGGAGAAGAGCAGCAGCUGGUAGUGUGGAGAUAAUCUUUGAGUAGAGCUGAAAGGCUUUUUCAAAACUGAGUCCUACGGUGCAAAACAACUUUGUUUCUAGGUGCUGGUUUUGUUGAUUUGUCUUACUGUUGAAAAGAACCAACAGUGCAGAAGUGGACUUGCAUGUAGUAACUGGAUCCUGUGACCACAUGGAAGAUUGACAUGGUGAGACAAUUUGACUAAAUCUCAGCAGGACCUCACAGUAGUAGCCUCUUAACAUCCUGGGCUCAGAUAACAGCCUCCUUUGAGAGAAUCCAUCACUCUGAACUGCUGAACACCAACUUAACUGUAACUGACCAAAAAGCUGCUGGUUGGCAGUGUGAGAGGAGCCUCCUAGGGUAUCUGUGCUCUUUCUGGACAGGACAGAUGGAGAUCACUGACUAUGGUUGGGUAGACUUCAGAGAACAAUAAGUGGACUUGGGGGUACCUGAGGAGGUCACUGCUCAGACAUGGAGAGAAUACAAAGGGAAUUCUUGGCCUGCUUAUCUCUUCUAGCCAUGCCUUUCCUAGGCCUUGUCUACACUGGACUUCGUUUGUCCAUAACCUUCCUGCUAUUGCCAUCAGUGACUCAGCUCCAUGGUGGGAGCACUAGUGUAGACAGGCUGCCUGUGUUCCAUCUUGACCUGCUCUGAGCAGGGUUACACAACACUGGUUAAAUGCCAGU